AUGACGGAGCUCUGCAAGUCGAUACCUUCUCAAGGUUACAAUCCGAGCAUCGCUUUCGCCGUGGUCCAUAAAAGACACCACACGACACGAGGCUGUUCCGGUGCGAUCCUGACCAUGGCUGGAACAGUGGUUGACUCGGUGAUAACACACCCGAAAGAGUUUGGUUUCUAUCUCUGUAGCCAUUUCGGAGUGAAGGGCACGAGCAGGCCAACGCAUUAUCAUAUCACAUCUUGUGUGGGACGAGAACGAGUUUACUUCGGAUGA